CACCUCCAGAUAUUUCAUUUAGUCUAUCUCCCUUCAGCCCGCUCACUGUCUGCAAAUGAUUUUGACCAAGAGUUUCAGUUACAUCAAGAUGACUGAGGACGAAUAUUCCUUUUCUUCGUUUGUCACGACUAUGUUGUCGGCGGGCCCAGCCGCCACCUCUGUCGCUUCUGCCGAUGGUUAUCCGAUCCAGCCUGAUGUUGACUUUGGCAUCGUGCAACUACACAGGACCCUAGAGAAGAUCUUGAGUUAUUUGUUCGACAUUAAAGACCACUGGUCGGAUGAGUCCUUGCGAGGCGAGUCCUACGGAUUAGAGAGAGCAGCCCACUUGCUCUCUGGCGAGUGUGAGAAGCUUCAACCCCUUCAGUACGAUACUUAUGGCCACUAUACCUACGGUCAGCUAGCCAUCUGGGAGGUAGUUCGCACUCUAGUCAAUCGCUGCCUGGACGAAGCUGCCAGUCCCUUGAAGGGCUAUCUCCAUCAAUCGAUCAACCACGAUGAGCCACAGCCCCGCAGCGGCAGUCGGUUUCUCCGUCUACUACAGCAGUACGAAAGCAUGAUUCACUCAGACCACACCCGGAAUUACUUACAAAACGCCGAGUUCAAGGCCUACGAAGCAGCAGCUCUUCUCAAGAGACAAACGGAACAGUUCCGCUCACAGGAGAAUCCUGAUGUCAAGAAAGUGAUUGAAGCGACAGAAAAGGUACGCAAGGGCUGGCGUUUGCUAUCGAGAAACGUGCAUUUCACAGAACGAGCACCAGGUAACAAUCACUUUGUUGGGCAACGGGAGCAGCUAGAGGAGAUCAGGAAGGCUUUCGAGCAACCUGAUACGCCCGUAUCUACUCAGAAGCGCUUCGUUCUUCAGGGCUUGCCGGGGUCUGGAAAGUCAGAGAUGGCUCUCAAGUUUGCUACCGAGCAUCGAGGCCAGUUUUGGGGUGUGUUUUGGAUCGAUGCCAGCAGCAAGACCAAUGCAAAGGCAUCAUAUAUCGAGAUGACCAAAGUUUUUGGCGUGAACUCGACUGAGCAAGCAGCAAAACAUCACUUGAGCACCCGGCAUCCUUAUUAUCCAUGGCUUCUAAUCAUCGACAAUGCCGAUGACGACAAAAUUUCGCUCGAUGAGCUGGCGCCAUCUGGGAACAGCGGCUAUGUGCUCGUCACCACACGGAAUCCCGAGAAGAUUAUUUUUGGUACAGCUGGUCGGAAGUACAUCGAGCUGAGUUCUAUGCAAAAGGACGAUGCCAAUGAGUUGCUCCUUGCCGCCGCGGAUUACAAGAAGAAGAACUACAGUCAAGGAGUUUUGAAAGAGGUUGCAAACAUAUGCCACCAGCUUCAUUACCUUCCCCUAGCGCUUGUGCACGCAGGAAAGGCUAUUCGCCAUCACGCCUUGAAAAUGCGGGAUUACAUGGUCUAUUUUAGGAAGGAAGCCAACAUUAUCCGCGAACGGUGGAGGCAGCGCCGCUUACACCAAGACCUCGACCCUCAAAGUGGUUCAUUGGAAUCCAAAACCUUUGAUGACAACGACAUGUCUGUCUUUGCCAGCUUUGAGCUCUUAACUUUCAGUCAACUCAAUCGGUCCAAUGACGAAAGUUUCACUGAUGCUAUCCAGCUUCUUCAAAUCUUUUCAUUCAUGGACCCCCUGAACAUCAAAGUUGAGUUCUUGGUACAAGCGGCUCUGAACCCGUUUCUAGAAGUCAUCGAAAGAAGAGAGAGCCAGAAGCAGGAGAGCGAAAUUAUACAACGCCUUGGCCUCAAGAGCCGUGCUUCUUGGGCAGAAGUUGUACAGCGAGUCAUCCAAACCGCGUCUAACCUCUCUGUUUUGCCGCCUCUUUUGCCGGAGGCUUUGAAGAAUCCGCAAAAUAUGAACGUGGACGACUUGAGAGGCCAAGUUGAGCAUCGUGUUAACAGCGCUCUGCGCAUCUUGGUGUCUCGAUCGCUUAUUACGAGAGCGACAAGAGACAACAGACAGACCAAGGAUGGCGAAAUAGCCAACGCUGGCGAUGAAAACGAAGAGGAAGAUUCCGUUGUCGGAUACUAUAUGCAUCCUCUUGUACAUGAGUGGAUUCGCGAACGACCGAGCCUCUCAGUUGCCCAGCAAGCUCUAUUUUGCCAAUAUGCAUUGACCGUUCUUUCGAACUCAGUCCGCAUAGUGGGCGGGAACGAUGUUGCGGAUACGGUGUUCCGGAGUGCCUUGAAGCCGCAUAUCGAAAUGGCCCUGAAACUCUCGGAACCGAUCAAAGAACGAAUGGAGACGAAUCUGGCACGCGGGGAAACCGACUGGUGGUACAAAAGAUGGACACGACGGGCAACACAGCUGUUGUCUGGGCCAUGGGAGGGCCAGAUGCAGAUGAGCCAAAAUGCUAGAUUUGGCAAGGUAUUUCUGGAGUGUGGUGCCUUUGAAAAAGGGGAAGGCCUAUUGUCUAUUGUGCACGAUUAUCUCAUACAGCGCCUAGGACCUGAUCACCAACUUGCGAACCUUGCCAAGUUGGGGCUGGCUAAAGCAUUGCUCCUCCAGACACGACGGAAAGCAUCUACCGAAUUGCUGCGGCAAGUGUACUCUUCACGUCGCAAGACAUUAGGAGAGAAGCACCCUCAAACAUUGGAGAUCACGGCAGAGCUUGCCGACAGCGUGCUGGCUUUGGGCCGGAUCUCGGAGUCCUUUGAUCUUUGCAAGCAGGCCCUCGCCGGCCUCGAGCAAGCUUAUGGACCCCACCACCGAAAAACUAUUCACUGUGCCCAUCUAAUCGGGCAUGUUCAUUUCUUCUACAACGAUUUUGAGGCAUCUGUGUCACAACACCGCAAGGUUGCGCGCCUCGUCGAGCGGAAUGCCAACGAGAAGCUGAGGGAUGGAGUUGUCUCUGAGAUAGAGACGCUCAUGUAUCAGGAGCAUCUCGCCGGUGCUUUGAUGACCGUUUCUCGGGGCAAACCAGAGUCAGAUCGUGAGAAGUACUUGGCCGAAGCAGACAAGCUGAGUGGAAAUGUUGUCGAACGGCGUCAACGCAUAUUUGGCCAAUUCCAUCCAUUGACCCUCUACGGGCGAGCCCAACGGGGCCGAAUCCUAGCCACUCGUUCUCAUCAGGAUCCAGAUAAACUGGCCGAGAUCGCUAAGAUGAUGUUAGAGACACUUAAGAUAGCGCAGAGUGAUCUCGGAGAUAGUCAUCUCGGCGUCUUGGCUGGUCAAAAGUGGUAUGCUGAGGUAUUGAUACUGCAGGGCCGCUUGAACGAGGCGGAAAAUUACUUGCGCAAGGCUUGUGACAAAGACAAAUACUCCGAUGCUAGUGAUAUCGAUGGUGAACAUCCGGACAGGAUAUGGCACGUUUGGGAACUCGUACAACUCCUCCAGCGCAAGGGAAACUUGACAGAGGCAUUGGAGCUGUGUCGAGAGCUUCAGGCCAACAUUCAGACUGUUGGUGGACAUGGAUUAGGCCCCCGCCAUCGGUUCAAUAAGCGGCUACUUCAAAGAAUCGAAAUGUUAGAGGCGCAACUAGGAGCAUGAGGGUUUUGCAUGUCCAGAGUGACAUCAGCAGCCAUGAACGACAAGGCAUGCAAUAAUCGAGGUUGGGGAGAUAGCCUAAGA